AUCAAGAACUCCAGAACCUACGAAUAUGCGGGAUAUCACCAAGUAUCACCAGGUAGGUAUGCAACGCAGCUCUUCUAUAUUCCACGAUGCGUAGAUCAAGAUUCUCCAUCUACGCCCUCACCGUCAUAUCACCAUUUCCCUGUCCAUCCCCCAAACCCAGUUUCCCGUCCUUCUCAAAUACAUAUAAUCCCCUCCCCUCACCCUUCAUCAUCCUCCUUCUUCAUAUCAAACAAACAAACUUCAAGAUCUUCACUUCACAUCUACAAGACCUCAAACAUAAAACCAAAACUCAAAGCCCAAACACCAAUCAAAUCCUACCAAACAUAACAUAACCAAAAAUGACACUCCACACCACCACCACCACCGCCCCCCGCCGCUCCCUCUUCUCCCGCACCCCCCGCCCCGCCCGCACCACCCGCUUCGGCCGCAAACAACGAACCACCGCCGUCCCCCGCGCCGGCGGUCUCGGGCACAGCACCGGCGUUCUCGGACGCGGCGCCACAACCACCACAAACCACCGCACCAUGGACGGACACCGCACCGAGAAAGUGGUCGUGCAACCAGCGCGCCGCUCGCGCCUUGGGUUCCGCCAUCGCCCGGUCGUGGUGGAGAAGAAGAAGCCGACGAUUGGGGAUAAGAUUAGUGGCGCGAUGAUGAGGUUGAAGGGGAGUUUGAGUGGGAGGAGGGCGGAGGAGGUGAGGGGGAAGAGGAGGAUGGAUGGGACGGAGGGGGGGGUGAGGGAGGUGAGGCAUUAUUAG